ACAUUAUAUUUUCAUUAGCCAUUAACUCAACUCGCAUACAAUUACACGGUAGUAAAAUGAGAUUGCCGAUGUCAUUGUCAAAUUUUUUGGCUAUUAACGAAGUUAUGCAGAUACGUAAUGGAUCGAGCAAUGACACAACGCAUUUAAUUAAUAAGCGUAGUCGUUAUUCAUCUUGUAUUUUAAUUUAUAUUAUCCGCGUAUUUUAAAAUAUGUACAUUGGUAUUUGUCAAAAUGCGUAAUUCGCGAGUUUUAUUCCAUUAUAUAUUUGUUAUAAAAACGAUCAACGAAAUGACAAAGUAAUUAAUCUCGAAUUUGCGGACAUUUAUCUUUAAUAAUUUUAAUUUAUUCGUAUUAUACGAGAGAGAAAAAUUAUCCUCUAGUGUAAGUUUGUACUAUUUGUUAACAUUGCUAUGACGAGUUGGAGUGUGAACCUGACCUACCCUAACCGCACAAUUUUCGAGCGUUGUGUGAUUAGUUUCAUUUGACACGUAAUUUUCGCGUUAUUCUCCUGUCGUAAUAUAAUAAAGUGGUGUCACGUGCGAUUAACAUCGAAAGUAUAAUACAAAGUGCUGCGUGAUCGUAUUCUGUUGAUUACUGAAGCGCGUGAAUAUAAUUAUGUGUAUUUUCCCGAGUGAGUGUUGAAGUGUCAUGAACAGCAAAAGAUGAAAAAAAGAGGAGAAAACCUGGGAUGGCAUCAGGUAACGAUGGAGCAAUCGUGGAAUCAACGUUGUGUACACUACAACUCCGCCGUUGCGCAUCGUACCGGCAGUGCGGUGGCUGCAGCCGACACCAUUUCCGCACCGUGGACCCCCGCGAGUUCCGGGCCGCCGCCCGACGCCAACGGCUCCGGCUCGGAUACGAAGAACCUCGACGUUGGCGAAAUUAGCGAUGACGAGAAGGACCUGUCGGCAGCGGACGCGGAGGGUGUGUGGUCGCCGGAUAUCGAACAGAGCUUCCAGGAAGCUCUUACCAUAUAUCCGCCAUGCGGUCGACGCAAAAUCAUCCUUUCCGACGAAGGGAAGAUGUACGGUCGCAACGAGCUGAUUGCCCGUUAUAUCAAAUUGAGGACCGGUAAGACGAGAACGCGAAAACAAGUAUCUUCGCACAUACAAGUUCUCGCGAGAAGAAAACUCCGGGAAAUACAGGCAAAACUCAAAGUGGAUCAUGCCGCCAAGGAGAAGGCACUCCAGACAAUGUCGAGCAUGUCGAGCGCCCAGAUAGUAUCAGCUGGAAGUGCGAUACACAACAAGAUGCCCCCCGCUCUCGUGGGGCCCCUUGCCCUUGCUUCCACCCCUGUCUCCUAUCCCGGAGCGCAAUUUUGGCAACCAGGUCUACAGCCUGGAACGUCCCAAGAUGUCAAGCCGUUCCCUCAACCUGCCUACACCGGGAAACCGGCGACGGCGGUCUCGAGCGGUGACAUAGUCCAGGCACAACCUCCACCGCCCUGGGAAGGACGCGCCAUCGCGACUCACAAACUUAGGCUUGUCGAGUUCUCGGCCUACAUGGAGCAGCAAAGAGACCAGGAGAUUUACCACAAACACCUGUUCGUCCAUAUAGGAGGUUCUGCAACCUAUGCGGAUCCACUCUUGGAGGCGGUCGAUGUUAAGCAGAUAUACGACAAAUUUCCUGAAAAGAAAGGUGGUCUCAAAGAACUUUACGAUAAAGGACCACAGGCGGCUUUCUUCCUCGUUAAGUUUUGGGCUGAUCUCAAUAGUAACAUCCAAGACGAAGCUGGAGCAUUUUAUGGCGUCACAAGCCAAUACGAGAGCAACGAGAACAUGACGAUAACGUGUUCGACGAAAGUGUGCUCAUUUGGAAAGCAGGUGGUGGAAAAGGUGGAAACGGAGUAUGCCAGGUUUGAAAACGGCAGGUUUGUUUACCGUAUUAGCCGUUCACCUAUGUGCGAGUAUAUGAUUAAUUUCAUCCACAAACUGAAGCACCUGCCAGAGAAGUACAUGAUGAACAGCGUUCUCGAAAACUUCACCAUCCUCCAGGUUGUCACGAACAGGGAUACGCAGGAAACAUUACUGUGCACAGCAUAUGUGUUUGAAGUGUCGACUUCUGAACACGGUGCUCAGCACCACAUAUACAGAUUGGUCCAAGACUAGCCUGCUUGAACCUGCUCGCCAUGCAGCCAUCCACCCCCAUCAGUGCCUACCAUCACAUAAAGAUCAUCCAUAAGUAUAUACAUACACACAAGGACACUAUGAAAAUAUGUACACACAUGUUUACACAUCCCGUCCAAUCGAUUUUCUCUAUUCUAAAAUUAUCAAAAGCAAGUAUUUCUCUUAUUCUAACAUGCACUCUUAUCUUUCACUCGCUUUCUCACAGCUAACGCAAAUGUAAUGUAAUGUAAUGGGAAAGCAGCGUAAGAGAGGAGAAAUUUAACUUGAAGAAAAACAACUCAUUCAAGAUUAAAGAAUAGAAAAAUUCGAUUGAAUAUUACGCGCGCGAUAUAUUGCGCGAACACAUUGAUAUAACACGACAUGUUUACACUUAAACAGAAAUAUUUUCGCGUCCAUAGUUGGGUGAGUUUCUAUGGAAAAUAUUCGAUCGAUAACGUUAAGAAAAUUAUUCUAUAAACAAGUGUAAAUAUUGAGUAACUAAUGAGUGUUAUAUAUAAAUAGAGCAUAUAUCCUCGAUAUACCAUCUGGAUGAAUUAAUCAAUUAAUAUGAUGUAUUUGAUAAUUUUGUCAUUG